UUGUGUAUCUUAUACAAAAUAAUUAUUUAAUUGAGUAAUGCUAUUGUGAUAAAUUAAUUAACAAAAAUGAGUAACGUUUAUAUUCAAGAACCUCCCACGACAGGAAAGGUUUUAAUGAAAACAUCCGUUGGAGAUAUAGAAAUCGAAUUAUGGACGAAGGAAGCUCCUAAAGCUUGUAGAAAUUUUAUUCAAUUAUGUAUGGAAGGUUAUUACGACAACACAAUAUUUCAUAGAGUUGUUAAAGGGUUUAUAGUUCAAGGGGGUGAUCCAACAGGUACAGGAGAAGGUGGUGAGAGUAUAUACGGUGCUCCUUUUAAGGAUGAAUUUCAUACUAGGCUGCGAUUUUGUCGAAGAGGUCUUCUUGCCUCGGCUAAUGCUGGUAAGGAUGAUAAUGGCUCACAGUUCUUUUUUACACUGGCUGCUACACCAGAAUUACAAAACAAACAUACCAUUUUUGGCAAAGUUAUCGGAGAAACUUUGUACAACAUGCUCAAGCUCGAAGAAGCUCUUGUCGACGAAGAUGAUAGACCUAUUUAUCCACAAAAGAUAUUGAAAACAGAAAUUUUGAACAAUCCAUUUAUGGAUAUCACACCACGCAUUGAAUCCAAGAAAAAUAGCGAUGCAAAAGAAAGUAAAAAAGAAAAGAAAACUGGAGUAAAAAAUUUUAAGUUAUUAUCUUUCGGCGAAGAAGCAGAAGAAGAUGAGGAAGAAUCUGUGAUUUUGAAUAAACAAUUGAAUAAUAAAGCUAAAUCAGCUCAUGACCGGUUAUCAGAUCCUAAAUUAAGUUCACAACCAGUUAUUGAUACCAGUGAACCACCAAAUAAAAAAUUAAAGGAAAGUGAUGACGUUGAUUCUGACAGCGACGACAAUGCAUUGCAAUCUUCCGAGCAAAUAGCAGCCAUCGCCAAAGAAAAAUCAGAAAUGACUGAGAGAGUGAAAAAUAAAUUGAAAAAAAGUAAAAAGACAAGCGAAUCGACAAAAACUGAAUCCACCAAAGCGGUAAUCGAUAACGAGAACGUAGAAGAAGAAGAAGAGGAAUAUUAUUUUGGGAAAGAAUUAUACGAAGAACGUAAAAAGAAAGUGGAAGCGAUUAAGAAAGAAAUUCGUGACUUGAAGCGCACUGUUCAGAAUGAGAAGAAAGAGAAAGAAGCUGAAAAAAAGAUUGAGAACGAUAAGCAGGAACAAAAAAGAAAACAGAGUGAAAUGUUGAAAGAUUAUUUACAGACUCAGGAAGAGUAUAAAAAAGCAAAACAAAAAAUACCUGCAAAGGGUAAAACACGUGAGGAUUUUACUCUAAAUCUUUUAAGUAAAUUCAGGAAUAAGCUUCAGGAUACUAAAGAGUGUACAAAGAAUAGUUCGAGCACAAUGAAAUAUGAGGAAGAUGAGGAAGGAGAAGCUAAAGAUGAUGUGGAGGACGAAUUGUGGAUGGCGCAUACCCUGCGUUGUGAAGAAAAGGCUCCAGUACUUGCGAAAGAUGCUAGUACAAAGGAUGAUGAUUGGUUUGAAAUUUAUGAUCCACGAAAUCCGUUAAAUAAACGUCGAAGAGGUGAAUCGACGAAUAGCUCGAGAGAUGGUAAAAAAAAUAAAAGUCAUUCGCAUAGAAGAUAAUUAUAAAUAUAUAUAUAUAUUUUUUUUAAUUCUCUA